GGCUGCUCUCUGAUUUCGGCGUGUGUGUAAAUAGUUGCAAAAUUUAUUGUAGAAUACGUAGUUUAAAGCAUAAAUUUGCGGUUUUAUGACUCCAUUUAGGCGUGAGACUGGUUUCGGAAUAAAUUAAAGUUGUUUGUAAGUCACGAAGCCGACAUGAAAAUCAAAUGCAAGUCGUCGUAUCACAAAUCUGAGAACACAUACAGGUUUCUCACUUUUGCUGAAAGACUCUCUAAUGUCAACAUUGAUGUCAUCCAUCGGAUUGACAGAACCGGGUCUUACGCAGAGGAAGUAGAAACAUACUUCUCAGAAGGACUAACAAAAUGGAGAGAUCUCAACCUUACAGAGCAUUUCACGACAUUUUUGAAAGAGGUCAUCAACAAGAGCCAGUCGUUCAACAUGCUGGUUUUCCAUCAGAAGGACAUAGUGGAGAGUCUGAAGACACAUCUGGCUGUGAAGGACAGUUUGGCUUUCCAACCCUUGCUGGACCUGGUGGUGCAGCUGGCCCGAGACCURCAGACGGACUUUUACCCACACUUCCCCGACUUCUUCCUCCUGAUCACGUCGCUGCUGGACACCAAGGACACGGAGCUGCUGGAGUGGGCUUUCACCUCGCUGUCCUACAUCUUCAAGUACCUGUGGAGGCUCAUGGUGAAGGACAUGAGCAACGUGUACAGUUUGUACAGCACCAUGCUGGCGCACAAGAAGGAACACAUCUGCAAGUUUGCAGCUGAGAGUUUUUCUUUUUUGAUGAGAAAGGUUCCAGAUCUCGACGCCCUGCUGGGCCUCAUGUUCUCGGGCCUGGAGCAGAACUCUGACGAGGYGGAGGGAGCGGGUCAGCUGCUGUUCGAGAUGUGCCGAGGGGUUCGRAAAAUGUUCCACUCCUGCGCCGCGGCCGUUCUUCCUGUCAUGUUGCGUAAGCUUGGCCCGACGACCUGCCGUGAGCUCUGUUUACCAUGGAACGCCGUCCGGGACGCUCUGGACCACAUGGCCCAGGCGGCGGCUGAGUACGUCGACAAAGAGCACUUCCUGGUUUGGUGGGAGUCCCUUCAGGUUGUCGUGGAGGAGGUCCUGGCCGUCGUGGAGAGGAAGGGAGAAGAUGGAAAGGAGGCGAUGGAGCAGCUGGAGAGGCUGCUGUUCAUCUUCCACACCCUGGCGUCCCACAGGGGCGGAGCUAAAGUCACUAAACCGGAGCUGGUCUGCCAGGUGGCUCUGCGGCUGAUUGACAGCUCGUCUUUGUCCUCCUCCUGCUCCCGCCUCCUCCUCCAGAUCACCUCCUCGCUGCUCCUCGGGGAGAACAUCAGCCUCCCCGAGGAGCUCGUUCAGAAAACCAUCCAAAAGGUGUUUAACAGCAAGCUGGAGGCGGAGCUUAUUCUGGAGUUCACCAAGGAGAUGUUCACCAUGAACCGGUUUGAGCAGAUCUUCCUCCCCAGCCUGCUGCGCUUCACCGCCGGGUUGUUGGAGCGCUGUGGCGACGCCCCGCAUCGCCACUGCGCUCUGGACGCGCUCGUCAGUCUGAUCCUCGCCAAAGCCCCGCCCCCUACCGUCGGCUCCAUGGCCUUCGAAACGUACCCACUUCUCUACACGGGGCAGACUGCAGGCAGCAACAAGACGAGCGGGUCGGUACCAGAGCUGGUUCUGUCUCUGAUCAGACUUCCAGAGGAGUCGGCCAUCACUGACCUGUCGCUGCCUUGGACCGCGCUGGUUCUGCUGCCGCACCUCCGACCUCUGUCUGCAUCUGAUGUCGUUCCCGUGGUGACGUCUUUCCUCACUCGUCUGCUGCAGGACAUCGAUGAGGACAGAAUGGGACGAGCUGCUCUGUUCGUGGCCCGACAGGCUCUGAGCUGCCUCCUGUCUCUGGACGGCUCCRUCCUGGUCCCCGUGGACCGGAUCAACUCUGUCCUGCGGAAGUUUCCCACGGACCUGUCGGCCCUGCUGCUCGGAGACUUGUUCUACACCCGCCUGGCCCUCAGCGGCGCCUCGGACCACCUGUCCCACGACGCGGUGCUGGAGCUCUUCAGCAUGCUGCACGCUAACUUGUCCUCAAACAUCUCAAAGGUCCGCCUGCUGACUCUCAGGAUCUUCUCUCAGUUUCACGUCCAGCUUCCACCACAGCCUGAGGGUCCUGCCUGUCUGCGGUGCAGAAGGUCAUCGCUGAGACGGACUUGGCUGCCGUCCUUCCUCUGGGCCACCAGCACAGCCUGCUGAACACCAUCAACGUCGUGAUCCAAAACCUGGGACACCUGAUCCACGACUACCUGCCCAAAGUGCUGCAGACCCUGCUGUGCAUCACCGCCUCCGUGUCGGCCUCCUUGGAGCGCAGGGACCAGCUGCGACCCGGCUGCGUYAGUCCUCUGAAGAACCUGAGGAAGCUGGGUAUUCUGAGGAUUCUGGACUUCUUCAAAGACUUCGACUCGUACAGCUUCAGCUCAGACGAGAUGGAAGCCGUGUUCCUGGCCGUGGUCUGGCCUCAGGUGUGUCGCCUCCCCGUGGAGAGCCCCUACUCCCCCACCCCGCUGCUCAAGCUCCUCCACGUGUGGUGCAAAAACGCCAGGUACUUCCCCCUCCUCGCCAAGCAGAAACCGGACCACCCGGAGUGCGACGUCCUUCUGAACGUCUUCAACCUCCUGUCGGCCAAGAACGCCUCGCCGGCUACGAUCGCGGUGGUGAUGGACAUGACCGAGUCUCUGGCCACGGCGGAGGAUUUCAUCGCAUCGGAAACGGAGGCCGAGGUCGUCGUGAGCGGCUGUGUGUUCCCGCAGCCCGAAGAGACCACCGCCGCUUCAGAACCGCUGACUCAGGGCUCCAGGCUGCUGCUGCCUCACAUCUCCACCCUGCUCAGGUACUUCAGCGGAGUCGUGCGCAACACCAGCCGGCUGAGGAAGAAGAAGUUCAAGGYACAGGUGGCUAAAGAACUCAACAUCCUCUCCAAGGUGAGUCGAUUUGUCUGCGACCAGGAGCAGAGCUCGACGCUCAUCAGCUUGCUGCUUCCUUACCUCCUGAAAGGCAACAACCCUCAGGAGACAGAGAUGGACAUCCUGGCCACCGUACAGAACCUGCUGCGGCGCUGCGUUCAGCCCGCUGCCUUCCUGCGCCCGCUCAGUAAACUCUUCUCCGUCGUUCACAACAAGCUGCCCAGGAAGGCCCUCGUCGCCGUCUUUCAGACUCUGUCAGAUCUGGACCCUUCGCUCUCGUACAUCACCGACCUCUCAGCGAAGCUGAACGCCUUCGACAGCCGACACCUCGACGAGAUCUACUUCGACGUGCGCCUGACCGCCUUCCAAGAGGCCACCAGGCGGGUCCGAGACAUGCAGACUCUGGACCUGGAUUACAUCUACGCUCUGGUUUACAACUGCUUCCACACAUACGAGAUCGGCGACAUGUCGCUGGCAGACAACGCCACGCUGUGUUUGUCGGGGRUCAUCGCUCAGGCGGCUGCAGUCGGGGUGGGAGAGCAGAUCUACAAGGACGUGAUUCUUCAGACMAUCCUGGACGCCGUCCACAGAGGACUCCGCAGCAAGACAGAGAGCGUGCAGCAUGAAUACACCACCAUCCUCGCCUGCCUGGUGAAGAACUUCCCCACCAGGAAGGAGUUCAGAGACCUGGUUCAGCUCACCGACUACAAYGACCCCGAGUCCGACUUCUUCGAGCACAUGAAGCACAUCCAGAUCCACCGUCGAGGCCGCGCCCUCAGGAAGUUGGCCAAACAGCUGACGGAGGGCACGGUGAUGAUGUCGCCGCGUACCCUGCACAGCUACAUCAUGCCGUACGCCCUGACCGCCGUGAUGGACCUGAAGAUGCUGACGUAUGAGAACAUGACGUCAGCAGCGGUGGAGGUGGUGGGCGCAGUGUGUCGCAGGCUGACCUGGUCCAGGUACCUCUACUAUCUGAAACACUUCGUCCACAUCCUGCAGACGUCGCAGACUGAACAGAAGCUGGCCGUCAGUUUGCUCGUUUCUGUGUUGGAGGCUUUCCGCUUCGACCAUCAGACCCUCAGCAGAGAAAUGGAAGCUGCUAAAGCCAGAGAAGCCGGAGACGUCACGGCCGACACCGACGACAAAGUCAACGCUUCGGACGACAGCGACGAGGAGGAGGAGGCGAUGGAGAUGGACUGCGAGGCGGCUUCUGGUGACGUUCCCAUGGAAUCKGAUCCAGCCGGAGGCGAGGAGGAGGACGUGAAAGCGGCCCUGACUAAAUCCAAGUCGGAGGCUGCUCCUAAACCAGGCGCCGUGUGCAGCGGUUUGCCUCAGAGCAGGGAGGAGCUGGAGUCCCUGAUCCAAACCAUCCACCAGACUGUUAAUGACAGCGUGUUGCCCCGCCUCAACAAGUGCCUCACUGCCAAGGUGGCACGGGACGAGGAGCACAAGUCUGUGAAGUCGAAGGAGGUGAAGGACGAGGAGGUGGUCCGGAUACCCAUCGCCUUCGCCAUGGUCAAACUAAUGCAGACCCUGCCGCCGCACAUCAUGGAGGCCAACCUCCCCGGGAUCCUGAUCAAAGUCUGYGUUCUGCUGAGGAACCGCUUCCAGGAGAUCCGCGACGUGGCGAGAGGAACUCUGGUGAAGAUCAUCCAGACUCUGGGCUGCAGGUAUCUGCAGUAUCUGCUCAAAGAGAUGCAGGGGGUUCUGGUCAAAGGAUACCAGGUCCACGUGUUGACCUUCACAGUGUUCCAGCUGCUGUCAGCACUCAGCCCCACCCUGAGCAGUGGAGACUUGGACCCCUGCAUGAACAUGCUCAUCGAUAUCUUCAACAACGAGCUGUUCGGGGCAGUGGCUGAGGAAAAGGAGGUGAAGGGCAUCGUUUCCAAGCUGAUGGAGGCGCGGCACAGCAAGAGCAUGGACUCGUAYGAGCUGCUGGCCCGCUUCUGCAGCAAAGAGAGCGUCACCAAGCUCAUCCUGCCGCUGAAGGAGAUCCUGGAGAGCGCAUGCAAGCUGAAGGUGUGUAACCGGGUGACGGCGGUGCUGCGAAGGCUGAUCCUGGGUCUGCUCGACAACAGCGGCAUGACGUCACGCGACAUCCUGCUGCUGUGCCACGGCCUGGUGAGCGAGAGCCUGCCUCUGCUCUCCAAGAGCAGCCGAGAGAAGUUGUCAGCCGAACCUCCUCCUGAUCCCCGGCUGCCUCCUCCCAGCUGCCUCCUCCUGCCUCCGACUCCAAAGAGAGGAGGACAGAAAGCUCUCGUCAGCAGACGCACCAACAUGCACAUCCUGGUGGACGCUGGCCUCAAGCUGCUCCACCUGAGUYUGAAGAAAUCUAAAGUGAAUUCAUCAGAACCGGCUGCCCUGGAGAUGCUGGAUCCUUUCGUUCUGCUGCUGCUCGACUGCCUCGACUCCAUGCACRUCAAGGUGAUCACAGAGGCUCUGGUAGGGAUCACCUGGCUGCUGAAGUUCCCUCUGCCAGCGGUGGAACAGAAUGCYGAGCGCCUGACCAAGCAGCUCUUUGUCCUGCUGAAGGACUACUCAAAGGCUGGAGCCGCCCGCGGAGAGAACUAUCUGCUGGUCCAGAACUGCUUCAAGGCCAUGACUGUUCUGGUAAAAAACAUCAAAAGCAACAAGAUCUCAGAGACCCAGCUGCAGGUGCUGCUGGGAUACGCUGAGGAGGACAUCUACGACCAGUCGCGCCAGGCCACCGCCUUUGGUCUACUCAAGGCCAUCCUGUCCAGGAAGCUGGUUGUCCCAGAGAUGGAGGAGGUGUUGAAGAAAGUGGCCACGUUGGCAGUUACUGGGAGCAACGCKAUGAUCAGAAUUCACUGUCGACAGAUCUACGUGAAGUACCUGCUGGACUACCCACUGGGGAAGAAGCUGAACAAACACAUGGAUUUCGUGGCGGCGCAGCUGCAGUACGAACACGACACCGGCAGGGAGUCAGUGCUGGAAAUGUUGGCGUCCAUCUUCCAGAUGUUCCCUCAGAAGCUGCUGUUCAGGUACAGCAGCCUGUUCUUCGCCCCGCUGGCUCUCCUCGUGGUCAACGACGACUCGGCGCGCUGUAAGAAAAUGGCUGCCAUGGCCAUCAAAACGCUGCUCCCCCAGCUGGACCUGAACCACCAGAACACCUUGUUCUCCUUUGUCAGCACCUGGCUGAACUCAGAAAAGGUCGGCCUGCGGCGCCUCGGAGCUCAGGUGUGCGGGCUGUUCGUGGAGGUGGAGGAGGAGAAGUUUGCACAUCGCAUGGACGACCUGCUCCCGCUGCUGGAGAGAGAGAUCCACCCCGACAACUACGAAGAUAUCGAGGAGGAGCAGGAUGAGAGAGGAGCCGACCGGCUGCUCUUCAGCUACCUGACGCUCAUCUCCAAACUGAGCAAACACUGCCACCUGCUGGAGCUCUGCACGCCCCGCGACACACUCCUGAACAUCUGGGGUCACGUGGAAGCCCACCUGCGGCACCCUCACUGCUGGGUGUGGCUCACCGCCUCGCAGCUCUUUGGUCAGCUUUUCGCCGCUCAGCAGGCGGAGCAGCUGGUCGAUGUUUGGAGCGGAGGAGGAGGUGCUGCCUCCCAACCAGCAGCUACAGAUUUCAUCACCUGCAGCUUGGAUAAGAAGAUGAGGGAGUUGGCGUUGAGUUUUUGCCACCAGCUGCAGUCGAAGUUCUUAGACACGUCAUCAGGAGAACAGGUGAUCAAGAAUCUUCUUUAUGUCGGGAAGGUGAUUUACCUCCUGUCCCCCGAGUCUCGCCUCACUCCUGAGGAGGAGGUUCAAGAUGAAGAAGAGGGCAGCGAGAAUGAAAAUGAAGAGAAAGAAGAAGAGGAGGACAAAGAUAAGCCUCCGUCUCUUCUGUGGCUGAUGAAGAAGCUGUCUCUGAUGGCCAAGAGAGAAGCAGCUUACACUCCCAAAGUUCCCCUCAAGAGGACGUGYGUGUUUAAGUUCCUGGGAGCGACRGCAGUGGAUCUGGGGAAGGAGCGUCUCGGCCCGUACCUCACCACCAUGGUCGGCCCUCUGUACAGAGAGCUGGACAGCACGUACGCCGACCAAGACCCGACCCUGAAGAACCUGGCCCAGGAGCUGAUCGAGCUCCUGAARAAGCAGGUGGGUCUGGAGAGGUUCUCCCUGGCCUUCUCUGCGGUCCAGCGCGAGUUCUCACAGAGGCGGGCGGCGCGUAAACGACACCGAACCAUGCAGGCGGUGGUGAACCCGGACGUCGCGGCCAAGAAGAAAAUGAAGAAGCACAGGAAUAAAAUCGAAGCUAAGAAGAGGAAGAUCGAGUUCUUGCGACCUGGAUAUAAAGCCAAGAAGCACCGGAGCCACGCCCUGAAAGACCUGGCCAUGGUGCGGUGAACUCACGGACUCAAACAGAAAACAUUAAUGGAAGUUAAAAACUCUGACUGCAGCGGUUUUGUAACUAAAAAAAAAUAAACAAACAUCAGUUUA